GGUGAGGUUCUCGCGAUCAUAGGACCUUCUGGUUGUGGUAAAACCACUUUGUUAAAUCUUCUUGGCGAUCACGUUGGAAGUAAAGGAGUUCAAGGAACUAUAACUCUAAAUGGUCAUAAAAUAACAAAAAAUUCAAAGAGAUUUGUUGCUUAUUGUACUCAAGAUGCAAUCUUUUUCUCUCAUUUAACCGUAAAGGAAACUCUCAGUUACACUGCUCGAUUACGUCUUCCACGUGAAGUGCUACGACGUGAUAAAUUAAAACAAGUUGAAAAUAUUAUGGAAUUAUUAAAUUUGACGAAAUGUGCCAAUACGAUAAUAGGAGACCAUAAGACUCAUGGUGUAUCGGGAGGAGAAAGAAAACGAGUCAAUAUUGCAUCUGAGCUGUUAACAGAUCCAAGUGUCAUUUUAUUAGACGAACCAACAUCCGGUUUGGAUUCUUCGUUGGCUCUUGAGAUUACAAAAAUUCUUAAAGAAUUCGCUGUUAAGCAAAAGAAAACCAUUAUUAUGGUUGUCCACCAACCUUCAUCUAAGGUAUUUGAAAUUUUCGAUAAAUUAAUGGUAAUGGCUGAUGGACAUAUGGUCUAUUUUGGUGAAAGAGCUGGUGCAGUGGAUUACCUUACUGAUCAAGGAUAUAAAUGUCCCCCUAAUUUUAAUCCUGCUAAUUAUGCAUUGGAACUUUUAAACGAUAAUACAAUCAAGCAGAAAUUAAUAAAUGCAUAUACACAUAAAACUCGUGAUGAUCCAACAGGAAAACAAGUAGUCGAAAAGUAUUCUCGUAGAACGCAUGAUGAUGAUCAAUCCAAAUUAAAUGCACCGGUUACAAGUGAACGUCGUUGGGAAGCUACAUUUUUGCAACAACUCUCGAUUCUUACCGAAAGAAACUUUAAACAAAGUAAAAAAACUAUGUUAUCAAGAAUUAGUAUAUCUAUAGCUAUUACUUUGACUAUAUCUUGUAUCAUAAUUUGGUUUCAAAUUCCUUUCGCUGAACCUAAUAUAGAUGAUCGUAUUUCAAAUAUUUUCUUCGGUAAUAUGGAUUGGAUAUUCCAUGCAUUUGGUAGAUCAGUAUUAUCUAUCCCGUUGGAAUUAGACAUGUUAAUGAAAGAACGUCAAUCACGAUCUUAUCGUUUACUAUCAUAUUACUUAUCCAAACAAAUCGCCGAAUUACCUUUAGUCUUACUUAAUCCUACAUUAUAUACUAUUCCAGUAUAUUGGGCAACAAAUUUAUUACCAGAUUUUGGUAGAUUUGUAGCUUAUUUAGUAGUAGUUUUACUUAGUGCAAUAACUUCCCAGAGUUUCGGUUAUUUAUUUGGUGCCACUAUAUUGAACGUACAAAAAAGUAUAUGUAAGUAUUAUUUUAAAUAUUUUGAUCUUAUAAUUUAUUUUUAA